GCCGGCUUGGACUUACCAUUGCGAAGAUUGUGUUACUCGGAAGUUGAAUCCAGCCAGCCAGCAUCACGUCGAAAUCGAGUUUGCUGAAAUCAUGACAUAUCUGAAAAACUUGAGUGCGAGUGUCUCCCCAAUCACAAAAACGAAGAGACGACAAACCUUGGAUGCGCGAGCAACUGAGGCUACUCGAAUUGUACUCGACAUACUGCAAGAUAUAUGUAGGAAAUUAGAAAAAGUCAAGAGUCGUACCGUUCCCUCCUACAUAUCAGUAAAAAAUCAACUAACUAUGCUAUUGAAAAGCCUUCCCACACGAGGCCAAAUUUCUCAACAAGAAAUCAAUGACAUUGAACGGGAAUCACAACGGUUGUAUUAUCUGGCAGAAGUGUGUACAAUGGAAUCAGAAGCUGGCUUUGAUGAAUACCACUCACCAGCUGAUAAGAGACCAUACAAUUCCGUACUAAAGAAACUACUUCAAAUUGAAAAAUUUUCCGAAUCGAGUGAAGAAGAAGUUAAAACUGAUUUAAAUCAAUUGAGGACACUGUAUCGCAUGAAAAACGUGAUAAAUAACGAACGCAAAAUGAUCGUGAAAGUAAUGGGUUUCCGGCAAGGACACUGGUACAAGUGUCCUAACGGACAUAUUUAUGCAAUUGGAGAUUGCGGUCGUGCAAUGCAAGAAAGUCAUUGUAACGAGUGUGGAGCAGCAAUUGGUGGUUCUUCGCAUCGAUUACGAAAUGACAACACGGCAGCUACAGAAAUGAAUUGAUUCUCACCUCCUGCUCGUCCAUGAUAUACAUGAGUAUCCUAUCCUUGGUGUCGUGGUCACCGCAAAUUGUGUUUUCGAACACGUGGUUUAGGAAGACGCCUACCGAACGGUUAUCAAUGCAUACCUUCAUAUAAAUACAAUUUUUAUGUAAUACAACAAAAAAUAUAUAUCAACGUUCCUUUUAUUCCAUA